UUAUUUGAAAAUCCGGAAAAUAUCUAAUUAAAGCUUUCGUUUGUCAUGAACUUUCUCGAAGACAUUUUAUUUCCUUACUAAACGUGAAAAAUUUUAACUGCGUGAAAUAUUCUUUUCUAUGUCUCUUGACCAAAAAGAUAGGUAUGAAUGUAGGGAAUUAGUAAUGAGAUUCAAUAGGAAGAUAAUCUUCAAUUAAGAAUGUUUCCUUACGUCAAUCUAGUCGAUUUCAUACAUUUUAAAGUGUACUAUUUGUUCACAUGAUUAAAGUCAUAUCAUUAAAAACGCCUGUACGGUUCUACCAUUCUGACGUACAUAGAGUUACGAAACAGGUUUUCAUUUAAUUUUUUUUGUGAGAGAGUUUGUACGUGUGUGGUAGUUAAUGAUUUAUCUACAGUACUAAACAUUUUUAUUUAUUUGUCGUAGUUAGAAACAGAUUUUACGGUAGCUGUAGACAAAAAGUAAACAUGCAAAUCCCAACUAUUUACUUCAUCUGCAUAUUUUAACAUUACAUUAACAUCCCGUUUAACUCGUAAUCUAUAUGGCAAGUGUUGGAGCUGCCGAUCAAAUUAAAAAUUCAAUUUAGUUGUUUUGUCGUUUUGACGCCAAAGAUAUUACUGUCGGCUCUCUUUAUUACAAACUAUCCAUGCUUGGAUCGUAACAGAUUGUGAACGUGGGUCGUCAAAAAAGUGGACAUUUCUAUCGUCACAUCCUGUCGCUUUGAGAAAAAUCAAGUUCAGUAUGGUUCGACUUCUGUCAUCUUGAUAUUUUAGACGCAAUACAUGUGCUGAUUUAAUUCUGCAACCGAAGUUUUUUUAAAACAUUUUCCACAUGUUAUCUCAGGAAAAAAAACAAGAGUUGGACACUCUUGAAGAUAUAUUUCGACAAAAAGAAAAAGACUUAGAAAAGGGCAUUUUGAAUUUUACUAUCAGAGAUAAAAAUCGUGACCCUGUUCUUCGUACAAAAGCUGAAGAAGAUAGAAUGUUAAGAGAAAUGCAUUUCACCAGCAACAUUAUCCACGUAAAAAUCUCUCACUGCAAUUCAUCGGUGGAAACCGAUGUACGUGACGUUACGCUAGCGCCCAAAUCUCCCACAUUACUCAGCGCUCCGUUGCCUAGUAUAACCUUCAUUCGUAGCAAAUAUUAUCCUCCAACAGCUAAAGAAAUGUUUGUAUCUGGUGUGGAAGCACAACGUCAGCAAACAGAGACUAAGGUUUGGGGAAAUGAUACUGCGCAUGCGUUAGCGGACAGAAGGGCGAAUUAUGAGCGGAAACUGAAAAGUCUCGCUGAAGACGAGAAGAAAUUUGUUCAGAGUUACAUUAAAAUAGCUAAAGAAGAUUACAACAACCAGCUCAUACAAGAUAAAGAAACACCUUUCACAGAAAUUGGAGAAAGACGAACAACGCUUCGUGAAAGAUGUGCAGCAAUGGCCGAGGUGUUGGCAAAAGAGGAAGCCGAACGUUUAUUAUGGAAGAAAAUGUUUUGUGUUGCUGCACAUCGUGUUUAUGGUAACAAAAAGUUUUAUUGAAUUGUAUAAUGUGAAUUUUUCAUCGCAAGUACCGAGGUUAUAAACAUCGUCAGCGUCACUAAACACUUUUAUCUACUACUGACAUGAGAUGAUCGUCGGGGAUUAACUGGGAAGAUGAUGGUUAUGGUGGGGAUUAGGAGGAAACAAGAAUGAUUAUGGAUGAAGUGAAAUAGCUGUCGGAUAAUUAAUGGCAUAACGAAAAAUUAAUGAGCAAAAUCAAAUUCAAUUUUCUCUUAUCGUCGUCUUCAAGAUUGCCUGGUUACAAGGUCUCAAAACAUCUGCUUAAAAAAUUAUCUUAACUGUCAUUUUUAAUGUUGUAAAAUAAAUUCAACAGUUAUGUACAUAUUGUCGAUAUAUUCAAUAUUCAUUUAAAAUUUAUUUAAAAUAAAUAAAGAGCCCACCGCCUGCGGUCAUUCUUAAAA